AUGUCCUCCGCCGCCGAGCACAAGGACGGCAGCACCAAGUGGUCCUCCAACGACGGCCGCUUCCGCCGCCAGGAGUCGUCGUUCCGCGACGAGAUCGCGCCCGGCCAUGCCUCCUUUCAGCCGCAGAAGGGCCGCUACUUUCUCGCCGCCGCGCUGGCCUGCCCGUGGGCGCACCGCGCUAUGAUCGUGCGCCAGCUCAAGGGCUUCGACAAGGUGCCGGACCUGCUCCCGCUCGUCACCGUCGACUCGUUCCUCGGCGCCGAGGGCUGGUCCUUUGUGCCGUACGACGACAAGGCCACUGAUGGCGUGGAGACUGCGCACGGCACCGGCUGCAACAUCCCGGGCCACGAGCAGACGCGCCGCAUCCGCGAGCUUUACCUGACCGCCGACUCGAACUACGACGCUCGCUGCACAGUGCCCAUCGUGUGGGACAACGAGCGCAAGACGAUCGUGUCGAACGAGUCUUCGGAGAUCAUCCGCUUCUUCAACAGCUGCUUCAACGAGUUCCUGCCAGCCGAGACGAAGGAUCUCGACUUCUACCCCGAGAAGCUGCGCAAGGAGAUUGACGAGCUUAACGAAUGGGUCUACGACACCAUCAACAACGGCGUGUAUAAGUCCGGCUUCGCGACGACUCAGCAGGCGUACGAGGAGGCCGUCCAGCCGCUGUUCAAGUCGCUUGAGCGCGUCGAGAAGAUCCUCGAGGAUGGCCGCGAGUUCCUCGUCGGCGGACAGCUCACCGAGGCCGACAUUCGUCUGUUCACCACGAUCAUUCGCUUCGACCCCGUCUACGUCCUUCACUUCAAGUGCAACCUCGGCACCAUUCGUGCCGACUUCCCGCAGCUGCACCGCUGGGUGCGCAACCUGUACUGGAACUACCCCGCCUUCAAGGACACGACCGACUUCGAGUCGAUCAAGAAGCACUACACGCAGAGCCACAAGCAGAUCAACCCUUCGCGCAUCGUCGCGUACGGCCCGGUCCCGCACAUCAAGCCGCUCUGAGCAGGCCAGAGCGGGUCGCGCAUCAUGCAUUGAGAUAAUGACAAGCGAAUGCUCAAUACGCUGGCGAGGGGCGGGCGUUCCGCUCGGUGCUCGCCGCUUUCGCUUGUUGAUGGCCGAGCUACGCGCGGGCGCAAGGGUGCACUAGAGGGCCGAGGCGCAGUGUGUCGUGAGCGUGAGGCACGGCCUGCGCUCGAUCGGGCGGCUCCCGUGCAGCCCUGUUUGGUCUCGCAGCUGCGCCCUCGCUCAACUGAGUGUCCGCGAGGGAUGCCCAAUCGCGAGGACGUCUGUGCCGGUUGCGGCGAUGAUGCGUGAGCGCGGUGCGGG